AUGGAGCACUCCUUCCUCACCCGGAUUAACGCGCACUUGGACGACGUUGAAGCGUAUCCGGGCACCAUGCUCGGGUUUCGAGCUCAUCUCUCCACGCAGGACGCAGUGCUGCAAAUCAAACUCCAGAUACUCGACAACAAGGCGAGAGGUACCAGGGCCAUUCUAGGAUUAGACCUCAAGAAAGCCUUCGACAACGCGGCUCACGCAGCCAUACUACGCAGCAUUGCCGCACUCGAUCUAGGAAACCGAGCGUACAGCUAUGUUCAGGAUUUCCUCACAAACAGGAAGGUCUCCUUAAUGUUGGGUAAAAUCUCAACCGAAGACAGGAACACGGGCAGCGUCGGCACCCCGCAAGGCUCGGUCAUCUCACUGAUGCUCUUUAAACUCAGUAUGAUCGGCCUGCCCGAGCGCCUCAACGCCAUAUACGCAGACGACAUUACGAUUGGGGUGUGCGAGCGAAGCGGCGGAGAAAUCGAGCAGUGGUUACAGACCGCGGUCGUGAUGGUAGAAGAGUACCUCGUCGGAACCGGAAUCGUCUGCUCGCUAGAAAAAAUCAGUAUUUCUCCUCUACCGCCCGACGCCUAG